UGAAAAUCUAUGGAAGUAGCCGAGUUUGCUUUGAACUUGCUCUAGGCUGGGUGCCGGGAGUAUUUUCUGCGGGACGUAGUGAGGAUGCAGUCGGGGAUGCGGGCGCUCUGUGCCGGCGGAGGUGCGUCUCUCUGCUGCCUGCUCAUGCUGUGGAUGAUCUACACCCACAUCCUGAAAGAAGGUCAGUUGGCAGUAGGCACAUGUGAGAUAGUGAUGUUGAAUAGAGACAGCAGUCAACCCAAGCGCACUAUCGCCAGGCAGACAGCCCGUUGUGCCUGCCGGAGAGGACAGAUCGCUGGCACCACACGGGCCCGACCAGCAUGCGUGGACGCCCGGAUAGUGAAAAGCAAGCAGUGGUGUGAGAUGUCCCCAUGUUCAGAGGGUGAGAUCUGCGGACUGAUCUUCAAUCGCUCCGGAUGGACCUGCACCAAAGGCGGCGGCCGCAUUAAAACCGUCACGCCUCUGCCCAAGGAGCCAUCCUAAAGGAUUCAGAUUGCCGUGAGGAGGUUUGCUGACAUUCACAGGAGCGACGCCAAACAGGAAUCAUCCAUCAGCCCCCACACAUUUGUGUCCAUCCUCUCAUUUCGGCGCUAAAGAUAUCAGCUGCCCCUCUCCCCGUCACCCUCCAACAGGAAAUGGAAUCCGUGCGCCAUGCUUGCAGUCAGUCAAGCGUCUCUACAGUUACAUGCAGGUCAUCGAGUCCCAGCGGCCGUCAUCGUCUCACAGCUGGGAACACGCAACAUUUUCAAUCAAACCUUGACAUAAUUGAACUGUUUAAGUUUUUAUCUCAAAAUGCAUUAGCUAGGAGAACACUUCACUCACUUUCCAUCCAGUUAAACCGUCAGAGGAGACUGUUCGUGUACCUUUCAGACUAAGAUUACGUAAGUUCUUCGCGAAGAGCGGCGAGGCUGUUGCGUAAGAACCAUUUCGAAGGACCCCAACUGCGUCUUCAGAGCAAGGACAUGUCGUCGAUGAAAGGCCAAGGAUGUGC